AUGGCCGAUUUUGACUUGGUACUUACUUUUCCCGAUGGGGAAUCGAGAAAAGAAUACUUUCCUUAUGACCCAGAUGUUACUGAUUUCACAUUGGUUGUGGAGAAAAAGGAGUUACAUGUGGCAAAAGUUGUCUUAAUUGAUGCCUCGCCUGUGUUUAAAAAAAUGUUAACAAACCGAUCUAAAAGGAAGAACGCAUGUAUGUCAAGACUUGAAAUUCAAGGGAAAAACUAUUCCAGUUUUGAAAUGUUUCUUCGAUGCAUUUAUCCACGAAAAUAUAGACUCACAGUACUUUCGGUUGACGACAUUUUACCACUUGCCGCAGAAUACGAAGUCCAAAGUGUUCUCCAGAAGUGUGAAGGCGUCUUGCUUACGGAGCUCGAGUUCAAGAUUGCCAAGGUUUCUCCACACCAUGUCAAUGAAGAUAGCAAUGUGAAAUAUCUGAUGAAAUGUCUUUAUUAUGGCGAGAAAUAUUCGCUUCAAGAGUUGUGUAGGAGAUCUUUCAAAAUGACUCAACCAUAUAAACUCCGUAGAUACAUACAAAAUGAACACUACAAGAUGCUACCAGACAAAAAUAAACGCGAGUUGUUAGAAAGUCGACUCUUGAAAAUUGAAGACGAUGUCGAAGGCAAAUUUUAUGGAAACUCUGGUAUGGGUGUAAGAACCCCCCAACUCAUGUACUGUGGCGCGACGUCGGGUUCAUUCCAGGUCAAUAUUCAAUGUUCUUCUGCUCUAUUUCAGUAGAUACACCUAAUUUAAAUAAUCU